AUGGCGUCUGAUUACGUUGACGAGCUGAAAACAAUCAGUUCCAGAUAAUUAAAAAUGUAGGACUCAGGUCUUAUAUCAAAGCUCAGUGAGAGAAGCCACGAUUUCUUGAGAGUCUUGGCUCAAGAAUGGGUCUACACUAAGUCUGGUGUAGAUCAGAGAGGCUUGGGGACAGAAACAGGUUGACAGUUAGGCCGACCCAUGUACCAUUAUUCAGAUUUGUUGUCCAAGCUGAUAUCAAGAAGCACAGGAUUUAAAAAGUUAUCUUAAACUUAAAUCAGUUCCAAACUUUCAAACUACAACCACGACCCUGAGCCUAUAGAAGAGCUAAAGCGGCUUAACGAGCUCACAAAAACACUGAAGGACUCUCCUCAAUCCCUACCAGUAGAACAAGCUAACUGUGUAGUCUCAUCUCUUCCUUCUUUAGUCGGGUCUUUAUUAAACAACAGAAAAUAUCUCAGCAGAGAGGCCAUCCAGCUAGCCGGUGAUAUUCUGUCUAACGUCAUGCUCAUGCUCCCUCAUUACUUUUCUUCCCCAAAGUACUUAGAAGCCCUCAGGAUGACAGCAGAACUGGACAGAGCCUUCUACCAAACCUACAUGCAGGACGAGCGAGCCAUUUCUUGGGCAAUCCCUCCUGAGCCAGUCACAGACUCCCCUGCAGAGUGGCGUGAAGAGCUUAAAGAAGGCGACCUGAUUGACGCUGUCAAAGUGGAUACCGGCUAUGACCGAAAGAUAUGGGGCACUGCCAAGAUCACGUCAAUUGAUUCUGAUGACUACUUGUCUAUAGAAUUCCAAGACGAAGGGUCAGAGUUUGACAGGUUUUUGCCUAAAACCAGCCAAGAAAUAGCACCAGUUGACACGAAAAAUAAAGACAAAGAAUGGAGACUUAGCCUAGACAAAGACAUGAUGAUUGAUGCUUACGAUACUGCAAGUACAUGGUAUAACUCAACUAUUCUGGGGAAAAGAUAUAAGCAAAAUGAUCAUGGGACUAUGACAGCUGAGCUGCUAGUGGGUUAUAGAGUUUAUGAGGCUUCAGGCGAAAAGUUCGACGAUAAUGGGAAUUUUAGAGGAUGGUCUUCGAAGUAUGAUGAAUGGAUUUCUAUAUGAUCCCCAAGACUUGCUUCUUACAACACCCAUGCGAGGAAAUGGCCAAUCCCACUUGUGACAGUUAUGGAGGAAAAUAUAAUUGAUGACUCUAACGACCUUAUUGAGGAUGCUCCAUAUGCAUUUUUUGUGACCAGACAUAAGAAGUCUAAAAGUAUGAUACUUAUAAGGAAUUUAAAUAGGUUACAAAUGGCAGGGGUUUUUGACCUAAUAGUGGAUAUCAUUAAUAACAGAGACCAAUGGGUGUCUUUUGAGACUGUUUAUUCACUGACUUAUGUAGUAGGAAAACUAUAUGCGCUAUACCAUAAAGCAUUUGUGACUUCUUACGUUAACAAGUUUAAAGAUGCCCUGUUUGGGUAUUUACUGAGCUGUCCUCAAAAUAUCAUCAGAGAUUUCAAUAAAGAAAAAUUAGACCAAAUGCUAUCAUUAAUGGAAUCCUUCCUCAAGCGCUUCUAUACAAUUCAAGAGAAAAAUGCUAUAAUUGAGCAGUUUACUUUAGAUUUAUCAUUGAUCUGCUUUGAAACUCCUUAUUUAGAAAGAAGAAUACAAGGACUUAAAGGGAUUAUUGAUGCAGUCAAUAAGUCAAAAUACACCCAAACCAGAUCUGUAAAAAUUGAAUCACUGGUAAAAUGACUUAAAGACCAUGACGUAAUUAAUGAAAUUUUUGGCAUAAAAGGACACUAUCAACUGGUCCAAAGAGCUGCAGAAAUUCUCCGUCUUUUUGCGAAUGAAAAUGAAAUUACAGCUUCUGAGCUACAAGAAGUAUGGGGCGCGUCACAGAAAAAUGACGAAGAUAUGAAGCAUAGUGUGUAUAAAAUUCUGGCAGAUGUCAGCACAAAUCUUAAGUCUGAACAUUUAGAGUUUUUGGUUGACAAAAUUGCAGAAAUCCCUCCUAAUAAGCUUUUUAAAGAAGAAGUCGACCUUUUGCAUGAGCUAACUAAAUAUCCAUUAAGGUAAGCGAAAUUUUAUUAUGAAAAAAUAGACAUUUUUAUACAGAAAAUUUAUAAAAAAUAGGUGCCUUUUCUAUAUUUUUAAUAGACUAAUUAUUAACAAAACCCAUUAAGAGCUGGAAAUGCAACUAAUAGAGCUUGCGAGCUCUUAUGGAGCAUCUCACUAGAUGAAGAAAAAUACCUAGACCCCGUCAAAGAUUUAGCACUUGAAAACUUUUGCAGCCUCAUGAAAAGCUGGGAUUUAAGGAAAAACCGUAUCCCAGUCAUGAUCCAAUGUGUUGAAAAAAUCAGAGAAAACAAAGCCGUUAUCCAGUCUAUCCAAAUCAUCAAGAAACUUUUAGCUAAUUUCUUUGUAUACUCAACACCAACAGAACCUACAUCAAGAGGAACAAUAGUAGACAUGCUGAUUAAAGAGCACGAAAUCUUGGUCGCAUUUUUUGACAAUCUUUAUUAUUUUAAAGAAAAAGCCGCACAGUGGGGAAAAGGAGAAGAUAUUAAAAAUGCAGUUAUUUGUGAUAGAACUACUUAUAAAGACCAAAUAGAGCAAAGAUUGAGCUUUUUGCAUACACUGCUAACGAGCUCUAUAUCAAUAACUUUGUCGCAAAAACAGAUGGACACUCUUUGGGACUUGCUUCUUCAAAACUCUUAUUGCAGCGCUGAACGAGAAUGCUUUUUGAAAUGGCUAGGAGAUGUUACUGAGAGCCAAAGCCAAGGCAAAAAAAUUUUUGAUGACUCUGAUGUCCAUUCUUUCUUCUUAGAAAAGGUCGCAAACCUGAAAAACAGUUACUUUGACAUGUCCCCUGAAGGGUUUACAGUAUUUAAGUCAUACUUUUUAUUAAUCAACGCUUCGUUAAGUAAUAUGAAGCAAAACCCUAAGACUUCUUAUUCAUCAAAUACCACCACAACUUCUACUUAUAUAAGCCCAUCAUAUCAAAAUGAGUAUGCAUCUAAAGAAUUCGACUAUCAAGUAAUCACAGCACCAUUGUCUUUGGUUGGUAUGGAAUGUCUGAGAAAAAUCAUUAUGGAGGUAAAGAACGAAAAAGUCCUAUCACAAGCCUCAGAUUUCUUGAAUGAUUUGUAUGAUAAUCUGAAUACAUCAGAAAAUCUGAUAGAAAUUAGAGAAGAGUUUAUAGGAUUUUGCUUACUCCUAGCCUUGAUCAGUGUUUUUAAAUACAUUUAUACAGCCAGCAUUCACCUAUUUUUAUGAGAAAAUGCUUAAAAAGGGUGUUUCUAUAAAAAAUUGGACAUUAUACAAUAUUUUCAAAAAUUUUUUACUUCAAAAGAUGACAGGCCGACCAAUAUUGGGCAGGGAGUUAGGAUACCUUAAAAAAGGAAUUGUGACUGAAAAGAAAAGAGCACUGUCACUUAUGAAAAGCUUUAUGGAAGAAUGCGAAAAGAAAGGAACCGCAGGGCUGAAGUCUCAUUCUGCAUUAUUAAAAGGAGACAUCCAUAAUUUAGUCAUAUUGAACCAGGUUUCCUACUACCCUCAAAGUGCUGACAUUCCUAGAAGAAUUGAGCUAAAGGUAUAUAGCAAUACAACUUUUUGGGAACUCCGCUGCAUAAUUGGGAAAAAAAUCAAAUGCAUGAGCGAUCAGUUUAAGAUAUAUAGAAGCUUGCUGCAAAAAGAAAUAAAAGAUAGCGACAAUGGAAAAACAUUGAGUGAUUUGAGGAUCAGGGUUAAUGAAACUUUUUCUGUUUAUAGAAGAAUUAUGCUUUAUUUAGUAAUAUUGCUCUGUAAUCUGGGAAAUCAAAAUACAGUUUUUUAUUUAAAUUAUUUCUGAUAUUAAUAAUCCUAGUUUUUAGCUUAAAUAUUUUGGAUACGAAUAUCCCUAAAGCAGCUUUAACUACGUCUGACAACCAGCUUUCAGAAAAAGCUCGAAAAAUAUUCAGUCAGUGGUUCCACAAAUAUGCAUAUAUAUUAAAAUAAAUAGAGAAUCAGCACGUCAUUUAAAAUCUGUAGAAGGGAGUGAAAGCCUUGAAAAAGAGAGAAGAAGUCUGAGGUGUAUCUAGUAGUUUAUUGGCUCAGGUGGAUUAGCGAUGCUGAGCUGAUUAGUCUAAGUUCAAUCUUGGGAGAGGUUUUUCCUGAUGAAAAAAUAGGGCAUGAAGUUGUAAAGGUACUCCCAACAGUACCAGAGGAUGCUUCUUGGCCAAUCGGGAUGCUUAAUUAGCGCGAUACCAGGUGCUGUAUCAUGGCUUUGAGUUUCCAUUUUGCUGUCAGCUAACCAGAAAUUCGGCUUUAAUUUUUUAUGGAGGCAACCCUGUUGCCAUGGGUAUCGAGCGUAGCCUUCAUCUGAAAGAUUAACACAGUGCAAGACUGUAUUUAGACUGGCAAGCAAGCCAAUAAGGACCUUCAGGAGGAUUCUCCUAUGCCUAUAAUUAAUGUACAAUAGUUUCACAAAUACGCAGACAAGGGUGACAAAAUGAGUCCUGAAGGCUGUUCUGCAUUUACAAACUCUUGCACUGGCGACCCUUGUAAAGCAACAGACAAGCGUAUCCAAGAAUUCUUUACAAGUCACGAUGACGACCGAGAUGGCUUACUCACAGAGGAUAACUUUUUAGAGUUUUAUAGACAAGCCUGCAUCCAGCGUCCUAACGUAGUCUGGACUAAUUUAGCAUCUCACCAUUAUAGAAACGACUUAAAGUGCUACGAUGACGAAGAAGAAGAUUUCGUAGACCCAAAAGCACUACCAGGUUUUAUUUUGACACAAAAACAAGAGAACUUUGACUUGAUUUUUUCAGCGCUUAACGAAGAAGACUUGGCAAAUGAUGCUUGGGAUUUAUCCUUCAUGAUAUUUAUAUAAACAAUAUAAUUUUUAUUUCCUAAAUAUAUAAUUGACUAACUUCAGUAUAAUUAUAAAACUCCCCACAAACCCUCAAAUUUUUGAAAAAAUAAAAAAUCUCGAAGGAUACGAAAACUGGGAAAGCCUGCUUGACUCUACCUCUAACCACAAGCUGCUCUACGCUCUACAAAUAAUUGAAUCCUUCAUGGAAGACCCUCCAGAAGACGACUUAGCAGCCUUUGAAGAGCGCUGCCAAUGGAAAGUAAAAUUCUUACAAAAAGGCGGAUUUGGGCAUCUCUAUUCAAUUCUCCUCAAAUACCAAGCUAAUCUUGACAUUUUCCAAAAAUCCUGCAUAGGUUUUGUAUUAAAACUUAUAUGUGUCUUCAUUAUCGCUGCCUUUUCAGCUGUAAAACCUGACAUUUAUGAGGUCGUUAAACUUGUCAGAAAACAAAGUGGCGGACUUGAAUUAGAAGAAAAACAGCCUGCAGAACCUGAAGAAAAGAAAUCUGACAAAAAGGUAAACUUCGGAGAAGAAGGCACCCAAACUGACGAAUUAAGCGGAUAUGCCAGUUUAUUGCAAGAAAGCUUGCCAGCUGAGCCACAAAAAGUGGUAGAAGAAGACUCGUCAAUGAUGAAAUACCAAGAAACCCGAGGCUUUAAAGACCUAGUCAAUGAAGUUAUGAUGAAUGACCUUGGAGACAGCUUGAUUAAUAGCGUCGAUUUGUCUCUUUUGAUGGCAAAACUUAUAGGAUUAAUGGUAAACACCCUUAAAAAUGAAGACUAUGAACCUGAAGAUAAACAUAUCAUUGAUUCUGCAUUAGAAUUAUGGGUCAGCUGCCUUAUGCACAAAAACGAGCUGAUACAGUCAGUAUAUGACUACCAAGGAGAAAUGGAUGUGUCUGAGUUUACAAUAAGAGGAUUGACCUUUGCCAAGAUGGCGCUGGUGAGAAAAGCUUUUUGCCAGAGCUUUAAGAGUAUCUGUCUUAAAGUGUCUUACCCAGAAAAGAUGCCGACACCUUUCUUCUUACUCCCCCUCCAAAGGGAACAAGAAAAAUUUUGUUUUUAUGGAGGGGUUAAUUUUUUUUUUAAAAAAGAUAUAGAAAUUUCCCAUAGAUGGCGCUGUUUGCCCUUGAUUUGCCCAUGAGAAAAAUUUUUUGGUUUGACCAAACCAUAUGGGACUGGUCGAACCAAAAAAUUUUCCCAGUGGGCAAAUCAAGGGAAACAGCGCCAUCUAUGGUAAAUUCUAUAUAUAAUCAGUUGCGCAUAUUUCUUAAUGUGCAAGACAUGAGUGAAAUUUCCCCACUUUCAAAAAAAAUUCCACAUGUAAAGUCUUACAUAAAUGCAGGCUUCACAUGUGGAAUAUUUUUGGCAUGUGGGGAAAUUUCCCACAUUAAGAAAUAUGUGCAACGGAUAAUAAUAAUAAUUUUGUAUUUAAUUUAUUUUCAAAAUUUAAAAUUGCCAAAUUACAAAAAUUGGAAAGUAAAAAUUAAUUUAAUUUGUAAUAUUUAUGUUUUUAAAAUGCAAGCUGUUUAAAUUCAAAAAAAAAUAGCUAGACUAUUUAACACUUAUAUAUUAUUAUGCGUUGCCUAAAUUGCUUAUCUAGGCUGGCAUAUUAAAAUUUUCUCCAAAUUUGGAGAAAAUUUUCACACGUGAAAAUAUAGAGAAUUCGCAUGUGGAAAUUUUCUUCAAAAGUCGAGAAAUUUCCUCAUGUGAAAAUUUUCUCCAAAUGUUGGAGAAAUUUUAAAAAUGCCAGGUUAGAUAAGCAAUUUAGGCAAUGCAUAAUAAAAUAUUUUUGAUUGAUUACGGAGUCUGGGUUUUUUUACCCAAAAAAUAAGGAUUUUUCCAAUGGCUUUUCUCACUUAUGAAGGGGAAGCUAGACAUUUUGAUUAAUAGAAUGCCUACAGGUAUUGUAGAUCCAAAAGAAGCUGAUCACACCCAGUUUUUCGAGCUUCUCUGUGAACUUGUAGAACUUGACGUCGCGCAGCCUUCUAUUGACUAUGAGCAGCUUGCAGUCCACCUGAUGAACACUAUUAAGCAGCAUCCUUAUAUAGAAAAACGCAACACCUUUGUAUCUGAUAAAGUCUUGGUCGGGUAUUUAAGCCUUGCAGAGCGUGUUUUUAAGUUUGUCCCUGAGCUGAAAAAUAUGGCUUAUGAGAAGAACUUUACCAGAGACUGCUUCUUUGAGCUGCUUUUCCCACCUGAGCAAAUUUUUGAUAACCUUAAAUAUGACCCUGAAUAUGUCCAAGAAACAGGCCACUUCCAGCCACCCAAAGCAAAAGCAAGGGACACCCGAAAUGCAGCUUAUAAGCUAAUCAAUGCCCUUGUACAUGACCAUUCAGAAAACCUUAUGUCUAUUAUAGAAGUCCUGGAAUCUCUCAGAACUCAAAUAACUCCUGUCAAAUCCUGGUCAUACUCCCCAGCUUCAGACGUAAGAUCAAGCCAUGGUUAUGCAGGAAUCGUCAACCUCGGCUGUAUCUGCUAUAUGAUUUCUAUGCUGCAGCAGUUUUAUAUGAUCCCACAGUUCAGGUACUCUAUUUUAGACGUAGACGACAAAAAGGAGCCUACAAAUCUAGCUUACUUAAAAGGAGAUCCUAAUGUAGAUAAGUCUAAGCCUGGCUAUGAUUUAGACGAUAAUAUGCUACAUCAGCUGCAAUCAAUGUUUUCUUUCCUAGACCUAACUGAUAGAAAUGCAUAUAACCCACACCCAUGGUGCCAAGCUUUUAAAGACUCCUCAGGCCAGCCAGUCAAUAUCUCAAUCCAACAGGAUGCUCAAGAAUUUCUUAACAGAAUUUUCGAAAAAUUGGAAAGUGCUUUGAAAAACACAACAAGUAAAUAUUUGACACAAGGGAUUUUCGGAGGGAAAAACUCAGUCCAGCUUAUAUGUAAAGAAUGCGGAAAAGUCAAAGAAAGCCUUGAAGACUAUUAUAAUCUUUCUGUUGACGUAAAACACUCUAAAACCCUAUUUGAAUCAUUAAAUAAAUACAUCCAAGGAGAAACUAUUAGUGAUUACUCUUGCGAAACAUGUGAUAAAAAAGUCGAUAUUACUAAGCGAGCUCUUUUAGCUGAUCUUCCUAAUAUUUUAAUAGUCCAUUUGCAGAGGAUUGUGUUUAAUUUUGAUACUUUUGAAAAUGAAAAAAUUAAUUCUAGACUGGAAUUUCCGACGGAGCUGAAUCUGUUCCCGUAUUCAAAAGAAGGGGUUAAAGUCCAAGAGGAAAAAGAAAAGGUGGAAAAAGAAGAAAAAGAAAAAGAGGCAGCAAAAGAGCAAGAAACAACUGAGCAGCCGGCUUCAGAAAUUGACCAAGAAGACUAUAAGUAUAAUCUUGUAGGCAUUGUGCUGCAUCUCGGAACAGCCCAGAUGGGCCACUAUUACUCAUUUAUUCGGCACAGACUGCCAAAUGGAGAAGCCGACCCUCAGAAAUGGUAUGAAUUUAACGAUUCUACCGUCAGAGUUUUUAAGUAAUUUUUAUUUAGUCCUGACAAUAUUGAAAGCGAAUGCUUUGGAGGAGCUCAAGAUUUUGGAGGAGAUGAUUUUUCUGCGACUUGGCUGAAAAGCUUCAAGGAAAACUCAAAAAAUGCUUAUAUGUUGGUAUAUGAAAAGAAGAGAAAGCAUCCCUUAAAAAUAUUGAAAGCUCCCGUCCUAGAAGGUGAUAGUACCACUUCCCCUAGGAGUGAGGAGGAGUUUGAAUUGCGGAACUUUAACGACUUGAGACGUACUAUGCCUUCAUCCAUAUAUCAAAGUGUACUGAAGGAUAAUGAAAAGUAUUAUUUUCUCUAUUAAUUGUGACUAAAAUUAUAAAUAAUACAAUUUUAUAAAUAUUUAGGGAAAAUAACAUAUAUGUUUGAACGAAACUUAUACAGCGCUGAAUUCUUCAACUUUUUUGUAGAAAUUAUUAAAAGUGCUGAAGCAAGCUUCACUGAUUUGAGCGCCAUUGGAGCUGAUUUCGCGCUAGAAGUAAUGUCUCAUGCAUACCACAACCGAGCACUUCCUGACCUAGUAAAAGUCAUUAAAGACCUGUUCAGCGAAUUUCCUGAAAGCUGCGAAAAAUGGAUGCUGAAGAAAAUGUCUUUGACUAAAAGACUUAUUACAGACAACAGUAUGUACUCAGUCACGCAAUUACUCCUAACCUGUGUUGAAAAAACAACCCGAUCUGCCCUUGCAGACUUAUUUUCAUUUAGUUUGAACUUAUUAGCGAAACGAGACUUUUCUGAUAACUCUAUAGCAAAAAUCUUUAUUGACGGCCUAUUGAAUUUGAUCCCACAAGACAUCUCAAAGCACUGGACAAGAUUCCAGCAAUUCUGGGAGGUCAUAAAAGAUUUUGCUGCAGAAAGCCCUGAGCAUGCUUUAUAUUUGAUUCACAAAGGAGUUAUUGGAACUUUCUUAGAUUUCUAUUUAGGUAAUAAAUCCCCUCUACUAAAGCCAGGAGAAAAUAGGCAGGCUCUUGGAAAUAAGCUAUGGACCCCUAAUUUUGACCCACUGAUACAAAUUAUUGCGAUCCUUGAUAAGUACUGUGCGACAAAUGUGGUUGAUGGACAAUAUAAGCUGACAUAUGAAGAAAAAUCGUGCUUGCUUGAUAAGGAGACUUAUGAUAAAACACUGAGAAAUGGGUAUGAUGGAAAAGCGCUUUCAGAAAUUGUGUCUCAUUGGAGCUAUGAAGAUAAAGAGUACUCACAGAUGAUCGCACAGAUUAUCCUUAAAGGGCUUAAUGAAAUAGAAUAUGAAGAAGUUAAAGGAUUUUACGAAGUCCUAGAAGAAUUUCUGACCAUAAAAGACAGCUUAACCAGUAAUUAUCUAUUUAGAACACCGUAUUGAGUGGAUCAUGGGCUUCCCCACCUUAGUGAAAAUCAACCGAGCUGACUUAAUGUAUCCUUUCUUCGGGAGCUCCAUAAUUACUGCAAUUGACGACGAAGUCGUCACCUAUUCCACCACCCUUUGCUUUGGCUAUACAAUUUAUGACGCUGCUGAAAGUGUUUUAUCCUUAAUUUGGAAGCACAGACGAAGAUGGGACCAUUACUGCAUCAUGAGUAUCAAGCAUCUCCUUGGAAUCUGCCUUAAAAACUCUGAGCUUGCUAACUAUAUCAAUAACCUUCCUCCUGCAACUUAUCAAUAUAAACAUUAUAUUGACUGAAUUGAAGAAUAUAUCGCCAAUUAUAAAAAUUAUUCCUCGUCCUAUGUCUCUUAUGGAUCCAGCUCUUAUUCCACUAAAAAAGAAGACCACAGUAUUGACGCUUCUAAGUAUUUACAAGAAUUUAAAGAAAAAUACCCAUCUGAGAACAAAGAAAUGUUUAUACUAGGCAGGACGACUAAAAAAGAAAUCGCCAGUCAAAGUGAGCAUGAAGAUGUACUGUUAACAGUCACAGAAUAUACAACACAAUGGGGCAGAAGUGAGCCGGAUGGCAAAAGAAACCUGGCGCUGCCUACAAAACCAUUGAGAAGUGAGCUGAACAUAAAAGCAUCUUAUUCAAGCUCAAGACCUGCAGGAAUUAAUGUAGAUUCUCAAGGAUACAGCUACACCAAUACUAAUGCCUCGUCUUAUGGGUCUUAUCCUUAUUCAAACUUUAAUUAUCCUUCUACAGAUGAAAAAGUUCCAUACGGCCCAGCACCUCCUGGGAAGACUUCAGGCUCCCAAUCCAAUGCAUACCUACAGCAAAAGCACGCUGACGAAGAAUGUGAAGAAGAAACCACUGAUGAAGCAGUCCCUAUUUUCCCAAGCCCAGGUGGAAGCUUUAACACCCCAGCUGAAGAGUACCCCAAAGUCCAAAUUACAACCCAAGAAGAGCCUAAAGAAGAGCAUAAAGAGGAAGAAGAAGACCACGACAAGCUUUUCUUUGAAGACCAAACCAUCAUGAGAUUUGAAGUUUACAAUAGAUCAAGCGACCCUGUCAGGGUAAACUUGCAGAUUCACUCACCUGAUGAAAACCCUAAUUACUUGUACCCGUCAACUCCUAUUUUAAUUGAGCUUUCCGCACAUACGUUUAAAGACUUGAUUAUUUUGACCAAGAAAAAUCCAAGCUUGCCAUGGGGAGACUUGAAGUAUGAUUUUAGCACGUCUGAGCCGAAACCGUUUGCGCUGAAAUCAGAGCCAAGUGAAGAUUAUUAUAAAGAAGGCAGAGAUGUUGCAUAUUAUCUGGGUGAUGAUGUGGCGGUUAAUAUUAGUGAUGUGGGGUCAGAAAAUGAAGAUACGAAAGCGCCGACUGGGAAGAUUGCGUGUCCGAUGUGCACUUUUCAUAAUGACAGUGGAGCCUUGAAGUGUGAGAUCUGUGGAAGCAUCUUUAGAAGUAAGGGAUAA